GUCCCGACAUGGUUGAAGUUCGAGUGGGAGCAGUCGGCGGUGCUGGGGCUGCGCUUCUUGGAGUGGGGGCCGACCCGCUCUACAAGUUCCGAGCGGCCCCUACGCCGGCGACCGCGACGGCCGCCCGCGCCGCGGCCUGUGGGCGCCACGGGGCAGCGCCGCCGCCUGGGCAGCUCGUGCCCAACGUUGGCGGGCGCGCUGCGCUUGCGGGGGCCCCCGCAGUGGCCGCGGCCCCCGCUGCGGGAGGCGCUGCCGGUGGGCUGGGCGCUGCUGCUGCUGCUGGUGCUGGAGCACCUGGCGGCGCUGUGGGCGGAGCUGGGGCGCUCUUACCAGCGGCGGGGCUUGGCGGCCUGGUGGCAGCUCUCGGAGGUGGCGGCCCCGCCCCUCCGGCUGGCAUCCUUGCUGCGGCCGCCGGCCCGGGGGUGCUGCUGCCCCCCCCCUGCUGCCGCCGCGCCCGCCGCCCUGGCGGCGCCGGGAGCGGGCGGUGCGCUUGGGGCGGCCGCCCCGGCCGGCGCUGCUGGCAUCGGUUACUUCGACCUCCGCGUCCUGCCGGUGCAGUGCGAUCUGCUCGGCGACAGGCUGCUGCCGUUCGAUCGGGCGGUGCAGUCGUUCCGUGAAGACUUGUUCGCGGACUGGCCUAUCAAGGGCCCUCGCUCGUGCUUUUGGGUCUGCCGGUACAUCGCGCUGAAUGGAGGCUCGCCGACAGGACGGCACGCCCGCUGGAAGCACGAUGCGAAGCUCCAGUCACAGGACCCCUUGGUGUCAGCGCACGAGCGCUGCUGCCGACUGCUCGAGACGAUGGCAUGCUACGACCAGAUCAACCUCCCCAACAGCGCCACCGCUGAAAACCUGGCUCGCUCGCUGCAGGUGCAGGAGGAGCGGUGGCGCGAGCGCGACUCCCACCAGUACUGCGGAGCGUAUAUCAUCCGGCUGGGACGCGCGUGCCCCGAGCUCACGGAGCGGGUGGCGAAAGAGCUCUCGCGCGAGCACGCCUUGCCCAAG